AUGGAUCUUGGAAAUGUCACUCAGAUAACUGAAUUUAUUCUUGUAGGUGUGUCAGAUCGUCCAGAACUACAAAUCCCACUUUUCUUUGUUUUCCUGAUCAUUUACCUGCUGACAGCAGCAGGAAACCUGGGCAUCAUCACCCUCACCAGUGUGGACUCUAGACUCCAAACUCCCAUGUACUUCUUCCUCAGACACCUGGCUGUCAUCAACCUUGGCAACUCCACAGUCAUUGCCCCUAAAAUGCUGGUCAAUUUCCUAGUCAGUAAAAAAACUACUGCAUACUAUGAAUGUGCCACCCAGCUGGGAGGAUUCUUGGUGUUCAUUGUAGCAGAGAUAUUCAUGCUGGCCGUGAUGGCCUAUGACCGCUAUGUGGCUAUCUGCAACCCCCUGCUGUACAUGUUGGUGGUGUCUCGGCAGGUCUGCCUUCUGCUGGUGUCCCUCACAUACCUCUAUGGCUUUUGUACAGCUAUUGUUGUGUCAUCAUGUGUGUUCUCUGUCUCUUAUUGCUCCUCCAAUAAAAUCAAUCACUUUUACUGUGACAAUGUCCCAUUGUUAGCAUUGUCGUGUACUGACACCUACCUUCCAGAGACUGUGGUCUUUAUAUCUGCAGCUACAAACUUAUUUUUUUCCAUGACUAUAGUUCUAAUAUCUUAUUUCAACAUUGUUUUGUCUAUCCUAAGAAUAAAUUCAGCAGAAGGAAGGAAAAAAGCCUUUUCCACCUGUGCUUCACAUAUGAUAGCUGUCACGGUUUUUUAUGGCACUCUGCUAUUUAUGUAUUUGCAGCCUCAAACUAACUACUCACUAGAUACUGAUAAGAUGGCCUCCGUGUUUUACACCUUGGUAAUCCCAAUGCUGAACCCUAUGAUCUACAGCCUGCGGAACAAGGAUGUGAAGGAUGCUUUAAAGAGAUUCAUCAUAAAUCCAUGCCAUUCCCUCAAACCAAUGUAA